AUGAGUGCCGACACUGCCUGCAGGUCAGAACUGGACUCGGAGCACCAUGGCGAGCUGGCAGACUUGGUGGCAGCCAUGAACGUGGCCGCCAACCGUGCAACCCCGCCUAAUGGCUCCAGGUCCGGUGCUCCAAGGCUCAGGAAGAUGUCUCUGCAGGAGAGAGGGAGCCGCGUGGCCCGACAGCCAACCAUCGAGACCAAACGUGUGUCCAUCACAGACACUGAUGACUGUGUCCAGCUCAACCAGUACAAGCUGAAGGAAGAGAUUGGAAAGGGUUCAUAUGGAGUGGUGAAGCUAGCUUAUAAUGAAGACUCUGAGCAGUACUAUGCAAUGAAAGUAGUUUCAAAGAAGAAGUUGAUGAGGCAGUGUGGAUUUCUGCGUGAGUGAAAAGCUUCAUCUAACUUUUAUAUGUCCACUAAGUAUUUGCCAUUCCUGCAGUUGCUGCCCCUGGACAGAGUGUACACGGAGAUCGCCAUCCUGAAGAAACUAGAUCACCAUAAUGUUGUUAAGCUGGUGGAGGUGCUUGAUGAUCCUCAUGAAGAUGGACUUCACAUGGCCUUCGAACUGAUGACACGAGGCCCAGUGAUGGAGGUGCCUACAGAUGAGCCCUUUACAGAGGAGCAGGCCCGCUUUUACUUCAGAGACGUUGUCCUGGGAAUAGAGUACUUGCACUACCACAAGAUAAUCCACCGAGACAUUAAACCCUCCAACCUUCUGCUGGGGGACGAUGGUCAUGUCAAGAUCGCAGACUUUGGUGUGAGCAAAGAGUUUGAGGGGAUGGAUGCCGUCCUUUCAAGCACAGUGGGGACGCCGGCCUUCAUGGCCCCUGAGACGAUGACAGAACACAAGCAGAGCUUCAGUGGAAAGGCAUUAGACGUGUGGGCGAUGGGAGUCACACUGUACUGUUUUGUCUUUGGGAAGUGCCCUUUUUAUGAUGAAUACAUUGUCUCGCUACACAACAAGAUCAGGAACAAACCCGUGGAGUUUCCAGAGAUGUCUUUAAUAAGUAAUGAACUGAAGGACCUCACUGAACAGAUGCUGGAUAAAAAUCCAGAAACAAGAAUCACCAUCCCUGAAAUCAAGCUACAUCCAUGGGUGACAGACAACGGCUCGAGUCCUCUUCCUCUGGAGGAGGAGCACUGCACAGCAGUGGAGGUCACUGAGGAGGAAGUACAGAACAGCGUCAAAUGCAUCCCCAGCCUUUCCACUGUGAUUCUGGUGAAGUCCAUGCUGAGGAAGCGGUCUUUCAGUAAUCCCUUUGAGUGUCAUGGCAGACGGCCAGAGAGGUCAAUGUCUGCCCCUGGAGGUCUUCUUAUGUAA